AUGGAGUCCGGCGGAGGUGGCGGCGCAGCAGACGGCUCGUUCACCUUUGAUGACAACUCGGCCAUUGUCCACUCGCCGGUCCUUGGCAGCAUGCGCAAGCCGCAAACCUCGGCCAUAUAUGCCUCUCGAUUUGAUGCAUGGCGCGCCAUCGGCUACACAGACUUUUGGGGCUCUCGCAUGGACCAUCCCUCAUCUCAUCGCUCCUAUCGGCCGAUCACCGUCGCCUCUUUUGCCCUGCAAACUCUCGCCGAUCCCGCGCAUCUCCCCAACCCGCGGCCCUUCCUCAUCGCCAACAUUGCCCUGCAUCUGGCUGCUUCGCUCCUGGCUGGCGUUGCCCUCGCCGCUACGCUUGGUGAGCUCGUUGCCUUCCAUCCGGACGACCGCGCAUGGAUCCCUCAUCUUGCAGCCGCCGUUGCCCUCGUCUUUGCCCUGCACCCGCUCCACACCGAGGCCGUUGCCUCGGUCGUCGGCCGCGCCGAGAGUCUGGCGGCGAUCGGUAUGUUUGGCUCAGCGACUGCCGCCACUGCUCAUCGCCACAGCCUCGCCAUCGGUCUCGGCCUCGCCGGCGCACUCGCCAAGGAGUCGGGCGUGAUGGUCCUGGCCCUCAACGCUGCGCUCGCGCUGUGGCGUCGUGAGCGAUGGCUAUCCAUCGCUGCUCAUAUUGCAGCGGCAGCAGCCAUGGUUGUGCUCACCCGAGUGGUGUUGCCGGGGAGCGCCGCCCGCGAGCACGGCCUGCUUGCCGGGCCUCCGCUGGCGUUCAUCGACAACCCGAUCGCCUUUGAAUCGUCGGUCAUCCGGCGGACACUGUCGUACAUGUAUAUCCAUGCGCGCUACUUGGCGCUGAUGGUCGCACCGGUCACGCUCUCAGCCGACUACUCGUACAACGUAAUUCCGCCGGUGGCUCCAACCGAGGCGCGAGCGGCGGUGGGUGUGGCCGUCUAUGCCGCGCUUGCCGCGAUGUCGGCGUGGGUGCUGGUCCUUGUCCUUCCGCGCCGUCGCUUGUCAAUCGCCGACGCGGGACUCGUCGUUGGUCUUGGGUGGCUCGUUGUCCCGUUUCUGCCCGCGUCGUCGGCGGUGGCCACCCUAGCGACGGUCAUCGGGGAGCGACUGGCAUACACGCCGCUUGCCGGGUUUCUUCUCCUUGCAGCCUCUGUAGCGCUCCGACUGCGGCGGUCGCCGAUCAUGCUCUGGACGCUGGUCGUCGUUGCGGUGGCGCUAUGCGUGCCGCGGACACGGACCCGCAUCGCCGACUGGCGCGACAAUCGUGCCGUUUUCAGCUCGGUCGUCCGCGAGUAUCCCGCCGCCGCCAAGGCGCUGCUCUCACUCGGCGUGGUCGAGGUGCAGGCUGGCAAUCGCACCGCAGCGCGCCCACUGUUCGAAGCAGCCAUCAAGGUCUAUGCCAACUACUCGGAGGCCCACUACUGCCUCGGCAAGCUUGCGCUGGAGCUCGGCGACGUCGCUAUUGGUCAGCGUCAUCUCGAGCGCGCGCUGGCCAUCGAGCGGACCCACGCCGGUGCGCUCUUCGAGUACGGCACCAUGCUGGCCGGCCAGGCGCAGAGCGCCAUGACGAGCGCGCCCGCGCGCGGCAAGGAGCUCCUGGAGCAAGCCAAGACCGUGCUCCGCCGUGCCAUCAAGGCCCGGCCGUCGCUCGCCGACGGGUACGUCAACCUCGCGACGGCCGAGCUCCUUGGAGGCGAUGCUGCCGCCGCCGUUCCGCUCUACCGUCAGGCCCUUGUCCGCGAUCCGCUCUCUGUCUCUGCCCACGUUCAUCUCGCUCUUGCGCUCGUCUCGCUCCCGGCCAACGAUGCUGCCGAGGCCUGCACACUCGCGGCGUCGAUCCCUCGUCUCCCUGGCUGGUCGUUCUCGCGGCGGCUGUACGAAGCGUCCUACCAGGUAGUCGUUGCCCGCUGUGGGUAG